AUGAGACCGGAGCUUAGACAAGCUGUAACCAAGCUCUUCAAGUACCUACUCAUCACCUACGCCAUUCUCUCGGUCAUCUACACCGCCAGCUAUCUCGUCGCGACUUACAGUGGUACCAGUCAUGACUUUGGAGGCCUCUUGCCGAAAGCUAGAGACGCCCAUGCUGAAUCGGAUCAACAAGAAUCCCUCUCAACUCAUUCGAACGAACAACAGCACCAGCAGCAGGAACAACAACAACAACUCGGUGACCAUAGCGUUGCUUGGUCAAAUGCCCACGGCGCUGUUCAAGUACUACCCGAGAAUUUGAUUAUGAGCAAGGUCUUUUCAGAAGCUAUGGGACCUAGCAACAUGACGCCUUACUUUUUCCGAGCAAAGGAGACCUUUGAUAAAGAAGAUAUCACCAUGUCGACCCUGGUUACUCGAAAUCGUUUUCUUGUGCUUUCUCGACUUGCAAGCAAUUACAAAGGACCCAUCUCUGCUACGGUGCAUGUCAUGGAUGAUGAGACCAAGGAUGAGGUGAUCACCGAGUUACAGGAACUUCAUUCAUCCAACCCGGAUAUGCAAAAGUAUGUCGACUUGCAUUUGAUUGUGGACCAAUAUGAUCGCCAAUUCAACAUGUGGCGCAAUGUUGCAAAGUUGUUUGCUCGCACGGAUUACAUUAUGAUGUUGGACGUGGACUUUCACCUAUGCACCGACUUGCGCAAAUCCAUCCGUGGUAACCCUGAGAUCAUGGACCGGUUACGUGAAGGACGUACAGCACUAGUGGUACCUGCAUUUGAGUUUGAUAAUUUGGAUGAUGGCAAUGAUUGGCGUACGUUCCCAACCAAAAAGGACGAGCUUAUGGAUUUGGUGCAAGAAGAUAAGAUCGGCAUGUUCCACAAAGGAUGGUUCAAAGGUCAUGGAUCCACUAAUUACACCAAAUGGUAUGAAACGGACGACCUCUACAAGGUGACACGCUAUGAUUUCUCCUAUGAGCCAUACAUCAUCUACAAAAAGGAAGGCUCUCCUUGGUGUGAGGAACGUUUUGUGGGUUACGGUGCCAACAAAGCAGCUUGUCUCUAUGAAAUCUUUUUGUCUGGUAUUGAGUACUGGGUACUUCCAAACGACUUUUUAAUCCAUCAGACCCAUCGCUAUCCUGAGGAUGCACGACGCAAAGAGCGCCAAUACAACCGUAAAUUGUACAUUAAUUAUCGAGAGGAAGUUUGCUUGCGCUAUGCUCGUAAAUUUCAUGCAUCUGGUGAAUGGCAUACGUCACGGGCUGACAACCUCAAGGGAGAAUGUGAAAAGAUUCGAGGCUUCAAAAAGACAAUGAUGUCCACAAUCAACUAG